AUGAGGACGUUUGGCGCACUCACUUUUCUACUGUGCAUUAUCACAAUCGCAGCCGGAGCCAUUCCUAGUAUCUCCGAUUAUCCUCCUUGCGCAGUUACCUGCAUCGUUGAUGCCCUACCUCAGUCCCCAUGUACUGGUCUGAACCAGACUUGUCUUUGCGCCGACCCGGUCUUCAACGACAAUGUUGGGGCUUGUGUUAACUCUGGAUGCACAGUCAAAGACGGCCUCAUCGUAGCAAAUAUGACCUGGGCAAACUGCGGCUUCCCGUUGACCGACAACACAGCGAUACCCCGAUUCCUCACAGGUACACUCUUCAUCUUACCAGUCAUCUUCAUGUGUAUACGGAUCUUGAACAAAUUUGUCAACCCAUCUCCUUGGGGCGCUGAUGACGUUUGCAUCUUCAUCGGGUUUGCAUGCGCGACGGCUUUGGUGCCUAUUGUGUAUCGAUUACUGGCUAUUGGUCUUGGGAGGGACAUCUGGACUCUCCAACCUUAUAAAAUCACCGAGUUCCUCAAGAUUCUUUUUAGUACCCAGAUCUUCUACAUCACUGGCUUGAGUACCAUCAAAGCGUCCAUCUUAUUCUUCUACCUCCGUAUUUUUCCAUCUGUUCGCUUUCGCCGAGUAUUAUGGGCUACACAAGGUUUCAAUGCUUUGUUAUUAUUCCUGUACCUCAUUCUCACGUUCACUCAAUGUCGCCCACUCAACAAAUACUGGCUUGGAUGGGAUGGAGAACAAGCAGGCGUUUGCAUGGACUUCAACAAGCUCGUCUUGACUCACGUUGGCUUCAACAUUCUCUUGGAUAUUUGGAUGCUGGCCCUGCCACUCACACAGCUUUAUAAACUGAAUCUCGGAUUCAAGAAGAAAUUAGGGGUUAUCUUGAUGUUUUCUGUUGGAUUAUUCCUCACCGCAGUCAGCGCUCUCAGGAUUCAAGUCUUGGUUCACUUUGCGACCGCCAAUAACAUCACUUCUGAGGCCUUGUGGGUCUAUGUCUGGUCCCUUGCGGAACUUGAUGUUGGUGUUUUUGUUGCCUGUAUGCCUAGCGCAAGUCAACUCUGGAGAUGCACCUUCUCAAAGAUCAGAACGCUCUCACAUAGAUCUAACGAAAGGUCUGGAUCAACCACUGAAAUGAUUCCGUCGCCAAAGAGGGCCAGUGCACCAAAGGCUCGGCACUUGUCUCUGGAGUCAACGUCGUCGAUAUUGAAUCGGUCCCCGGUCUGA